AUGUCGAAUACAGGGCCAAAACCGAAGCGAUUAAAAAAAAUUACUGGAUGGUUUCAAAGAACUAAUGUCUCCUCUUCAAGUUCAAAUUCAAUUUCUAAUCCUUCCAUAUCUUCUCCAAACAUUGAUCAUCCAACUCAACCUUCAGAGUCUCCAAAUAUAGAUGAUCCACCACAAUCUGUAGAGCCACCAAAUAGGGUCAAUGCUCUUGAACGUGAUCCUGGAUUACGUUCUCCUAUAUGGAAAUAUCCAGUGAAUGAGCGUGACAGUGUUCGAAAAGCCUAUAUUUUGUUGGGGCCGUUUCAACCUGAGUUGGUGUUUCCAUUAUCAGAACAUAGGGAUCAACAACGUAGAUUUCAGUAUUCUUGGUUCAAGGACAAUUCAUGGCUUGAGUAUUCAAUUGCUCUUGAUAAAGCAUAUUGCUUUCCUUGUUUUCUUUUUGACACUGAAAAUUCGAAAAAUCAUGCAUUCACUGUUGAAGGGUUUAGAAAUUGGAAGAGAGUUUGUGUUAGUGAUAAUAUGUUUAUGAAGCAUGUAGGGGGCAUUACAUCUCCACAUAAUGCUGCAAUGCAAAAAUGGGAUUUGUUAAGAAACCUAGAGAAGCAUAUUGAAACAAUUCUUGAGUCAAGAUCACGAAAGGAUGUGGAAGACAACCGAAUGAGGCUUAAGGCUGCAAUAGAGGCUGAUGAGUGUGGAGGUGGAGAAAGUUGUUUGGGAAAUGCUCCUAGAAAUGCUAAGUACACUAGUCCAACAAUUCAAAAGGAGCUCCUAAAUAUUCUUGGUAACAAAGUGAGGGGCAAGAUACGUGAUGAAGUUGGGAAUUCCAAGUAUUGUAUUCUUGUUGAUGAAGCAGUUGACACUUCUAGUAAGGAACAAAUGUUGACAUUAAAUGCUACAGCUCAAGGAGUGCAUGACAUUUGGGAAUUCUUUUCUACCUUGAGUUUUAUUGUGAAUUUUCUUGAUUCUUCUGCUAAGCGGCAUUCUGCAUUAAAAGAGGUGAGAAAGGAGGAAAUUGCAAAUUUGGUAGCUUAUGGGGAACUUCAAACAGUUCUUUGUCAGACAUUGCAGCGAAAAUCUCUCGACUUUGUGCAUGCUAUGAACUUUGUUAGACAUACAAAGUACCUUCUUCAAGAUAUGAGAGAUGAAGGCUGGAAUGAUUUGGUAUGCAGUGUGGAAUCUUUUUGUGAAAAGCAUGAUCUUGAUAUGCCUAACAUGAAUGCUUCUUAUAAUGAUGGUACGGGUCGGGCUUGUCAACAAAUGAAUUUCAUUACAUUUGAGCAUCAUUACCGUAUAGAGGUUUUCAAUGUUGUGAUUGAUUUUCAGUUGAGUGAGUUGAAUAGAAGGUUCUCAGAAGAAGCAUCAGAACUCCUUAUACUUAGUUCAACUCUGGAUCCUCAUGAUAACUUCAGGAAUUUUAAAUGUGAAGAUGUUUGCAAUCUUGCAAAGCAGUUUUAUCCUAAAGAUUUUGAUGAUGGUGAAAUGUAUGCUCUAGAAUCAGAGUGUGUAUUUUAUGAGAUAGAUAUGCGUGGUGAUCCUAAAUUCAAAAAUAUGGAGUCCAUUUCUGACUUGUGCCGCACCUUGGUUCAAACGAGGAAGUCUGAAUUUUGCCCUAUGCUUUAUAGACUGAUUUGUUUAGUUUUGACUAUUCCUGUCUCUACUGCUACCACUGAAAGAGCAUUUUCAGCUAUGAACAUCAUUAAGAAUAAACUUAGAAACAAAAUGGGAGAUGAGUAUCUUGGUGAUUGUAUGGUCCUUCACAUUGAGAAAGAGUAUGCUGAAUCUGUUACCAAUGAGGAGGUGAUUAAAGAGUUUGAAGCUUCAUCAACUCGUCGAGUUAAAUUUAGUUAG